AUGUCCACCAUAUACUCGUUCAACCAGCUGAUAGCUGAACGCACUCGUGAAUACCCAAACCUUGAGAUACUGGGCAUUCCAGAUAAAGACUUCAAUUACACCAAGUAUACUGUUGCUCAGCUUGAUGCUUCAGCGUCCCUGCUUGCUCACCAUUUACGGGACAACGGACUACUGAAUGGACGUUCCAAGGGGGAUGCCACCAGUAGGAUGACUGUUGGACUUCUAGGAAUCAGCAACAUCAAUUAUGUAGCUACCGAGAUGGCGCUUUAUCGGAUGGGCUAUUCGGCUCGUUCUUUGUACCCAGAGAAGACAAGAUGGGACCCUGUACUGGCCUGGGAGGACGAGUUUCUUCUGCCGGUCACGGUCAUUCACUCGAGCGGUUCCACUGGUUUCCCAAAGCCGAUCAUUGCAACUAACAAAGCAGCUGUCGGCAACUGCCUCAUGAAUUUCGGUCUUACAAGCUUGACAACCUUGCCCUUGUAUCAUGGACACGGUCACUCCAAUCUAUACCGUGCAAUCUAUGCUGCAAAACCACUGUACCUCUUCCCAACUGGAUCAAUUCCAUUGACGUCCGCCAACGUUAUCAAGCUCCUCAAGCAAGCUCCGGACGUGGAAGCUCUAUAUGGUGUUCCUCUUGCAUUGAAACUCAUGGCUGAGACCCCUGAAGGUCUGCGGGUCCUCAGGGAUCUCAAGCUUGUCAUGUUCGGCGGUAGUGCAUGUCCUGACGAGCUCGGUGACUUCCUCGUCAAUGAGGGUGUGCGCCUUGUUGGCCAUUAUGGCCUUACCGAAAUGGGUCAACUCAUGACGUCUUUCCGGGACUUCGAGACUGACAAGGGUUGGAACUGGCCACGUGCUAAAGGGCCCUAUGUGAAGACGAAUGUGAACGAUUACCUGCGAUUUGAAGACAGGGGCGGGGAUACCUAUGAACUGUGUGUUUUAGACGGCUGGCCGAUGAAGAUUAUGACCAACCAACCCGAUGGGUCGUAUGCCUCGAAAGAUCUAUUUAUCAAGCAUCCCACUAUCCCAGAUGCAUACAAGUUCAUCGGGCGAAUUGACGAUACUCUCGUUAUGGUUAACGGUGAGAAGACGAAUCCUGUCCCGAUGGAGCUCACCCUUCGCUCGUCACUCUACAUUGCGGACGCUAUUAUCUUCGGUGCUGGCCGCACUCAAAUCGGAGCUCUUAUUCUUCCAACCGAAAUUGUAAAAGACUGCUCUCCUUCGGAGCUCGUUAAGCUUGUAGCGCCUAUUGUCGCUCUUGCCAAUGCCGAAGCUCCCUCGCACUCGCAGCUUGCUACUGAAGCCCUUGUCUUCCUCCCUUAUGGCACAGUGAUUCCUCGUGCUGACAAGGGUAGCAUUUUGAGACCCCGGGUGUACAAGGAGUUCGAGAGUGUCAUCAAUGAGGUCUACAAACGACUCGAGGGUGAUGUUGACGGGGCUGGGAAGCGACGACUGAAUAACAAGGCGGAGGCUAGAGGAGUCAUCAGAGAUAUAAUUGGCAAGACGAUCGAUAGACCCAUCGACGACCUAGAAGAUGACACUGACCUGUUCAAUUUUGGGCUAGACUCAUUGCAGUCUAGCAGAAUACGAAACACCAUUCAAAGAGAGAUCGACCUAGGUGGCAAGAAGCUGUCGGCUAACGCAGUUUUCGAACAUCCUUCUAUCGCGGAGAUUGCCCAACUCCUGGUCGCAACGUCCUCUGGCAAUGAAGGCGCUUUAACGCAGCGAAGUCCGCUAGAGAUUGUGUUGGAACUUGUUAAGAAGUACAGCACGUUCGCGUAUACUCCGAAGACUCACGCCAACGGAACAAAUGGAACUGCGAAAGGGUUGGUCAUACCUCGUGUUGUUGUGUUGACUGGUGCGACUGGGUCGCUGGGAGCAUACAUUCUAGAUGAACUACUUUCGGACCCUUCUGUGGUCACUGUGUACUGUCUGUGCAGAGCAAAGAACGACUCAGAUGCGUCCAGUCGCAUAACAGCUUCCAUGAAGACAAGGAAGUUAUUAUCUCAUAAUUUCCUUGCUCAAACCCGUGUCAAAGCUCUCGCUUGCGACCUGUCUGCGGAAAAGCUUGGACUUCAGUCAGACGUGUACAAUGAGAUCGCAACACGGGCAACAUUGAUCAUCCACAACGCCUGGGCGGUCAACUUUAACCUUGGCAUUUCUAGCUUCGAACCCCAUAUCCGUGGAGCUGUGAAUCUCAUCAAUCUUGCCCUUGCAUCGCCUCAUCCCCGACCAGCAGACUUUUACUUCGCGUCUUCAAUUAGUGCUGUCACUGCUUGGCGCGGACCAGAGCCGAUCCCAGAAGCCAUUACGGACGAUCCGUCUGUCGCGCAGGGGUUGGGCUAUGCCCAGUCGAAGUGGGUUACCGAGAAGCUUUGUCAAGCUGCUUCUCAGCAGACACCUAUUCGUGCGGGCGUGCUGCGAAUUGGCCAAAUGGUGGGGGACUCCCAGAAUGGCGUGUGGAACGAGACAGAGGCUAUUUCACUCAUCAUAAAGUGCGCAGACACAAUCGGAAUUCUUCCCAAUAUUGAAGAGUCAGUCUCGUGGCUCCCGGUGGACUACGCAGCAAAGACUAUCAUCGAUUUGGUCAAUGUUCCCCCUCAAUGUGGGCCCCUGGGAGAAUGCCCGGUUUCAAAUGUGAUUCAUCCGAGGCUUGUGCCGUGGUCAUCCAUCCUCUCAUCUCUGCAGCAUUCCGGCCUCAAAUUCAACGCCCUCCCGCGGCACGAGUGGAUCAAGGCUCUACGUGCUAGCCCUAUUGAUGAAGUCAGCAACCCAAGUCGGAAGCUGCUGACCUUCUUCGAGAACAGAUAUGGGCAAGAGGAACUGGAUACACGAUACCCGUUCUUGACAGUGCAAACUGAGAAAGCAAGUGUGAGUCUCAGGAGUGCGCCUAUCGCUGAUACCAGACUGGUGGGGAAAUGGGUGGCUGCUUGGAAAGAAACCGGUUUUUUGGCUUGA